UGCUCAAUUGAACACAGUGAAGUCAAACGCUCGGACAUCCUGCUGGAAACUCUUGUGGUUUUGAGUGAAAACGAAAAGGAAGAAAAGUCAACCACAGUUAGGCUACUUAGGCUACUUCUCUACGACGACAUCUAAAGCGACGGUUGAUCAGAUGUGUGUAGUAAAUGACAGCAGUCGACAGGUCUGCGCUGUGAUCGCGGGAUUAAAUGUUUGCUGUGCUGAUGGUCUCUGCUGCUGCUGCUCGCCCUGCAGCCUGCAACACUAACCACUAAUGUGGAUUCUUAAUACACGCCCGCAUUUCAGUGAAGCUGCUCGUCAAUUUACUAUAGUUUAGCCUACAAGUCGUCAUGAUGACUCGGAUUUUCUGGGAUACAAUUUUUCUCAUUAGCGGUACUUUUAGUAUGUCUGUGGUACUCGAUGGUUCGCUCUUUACAUUCGGAGCAGGGCCGAGCAAUUCAGCAAUUAUUGAAGCCAGCAUUUCCCUCGAUACAAACUCCACUGCUGCUCUGAACACCUCAGCAAGCAGCUCUGCAACCACCAGCAGCAGAAGUACAACUACCACAACCAUUGCAACUACUACAACCAACGUUCCUCAAGUUAAAGCUUCCCUCUUUACAUUUGGAGCAGAGCUGAGCAACUCCACAAUUAUCGAAGCCAGCAUUUCCAUAGAUACAAACUCCACUGCUGCCACAAACACGUCGACACACAGCUCUGCAACUAGAAGCACAACUACCACAACGAAUGAAACUACUACAACUAACAUCCUUGUAGUUAAAAAGUUUGUGGCAGCGGCUGUUCGGUCUCAUUUUGAUGAUUGUCCAGACUCCCACCGCCAUUUCUGCUUCCACGGCACAUGUCGCUUCUUGAUAUUAGAGGAGACACCUGCAUGUGUGUGUCAUCCGGGCUUUGUUGGGAUGAGGUGUGAGCAUGCAGACCUGCUUGCUGUAGUAGCGACUAAUCACAGACAACAGACUGUUGCCACUGUGCUGGUGUUGUGCGUGAUUGGGUGUGUUCUCAUCAUGGUGUUGUGUACACUUUUACAUUUCUGGUGGAGGCAGGACUGUCGCAGGCAGAGCCACGCACAUCACUACGCCCCAGAGAAGCACAGAGCAUCCUGCUAUCCUUCUGAGAGUGUGGUUUGAGAAGUCAUCUUGCUGGAACAUGAGCCGUUUGCUUCACGCCGUGUUUAGUUUUCCUCAUCCGUCCGGCCCACAACCCCUCAGGGAUACAUCCAAAGUGGUUUUCACAUGUCCUGGUCAAACGGACCUGGCCACAGGCAAAGAAGCGUUAUCAUCAAUGUGGCUAAGGUAGGCCGGCUGGAUGUGGGAGGUUAAAUGUUCCGUGACACUGACUAGGAACGAGUUUGCUUCACUCUUUGAUUCUGUGGAAAUGCAUGCAGAACUGCAACAUGCUAUUUGAAGCUCUGAGGACGAAGCUGAUGCCAAAUCCUACAUGGGAAGAGCUCCGUGUGUCCUGAUUACUGUUUAUGGUUGGCUAGAGAACAUGAGAAAUGAUCGACAAGGCCAUUAAUCAUCUGCAUGGAUGUUGAAUAGGAACGGUGUUUAACAAUUCAUUUACUAAAGUCAGAAGACCCCCAUUCC